AUCCUAUUACAGUGUUAUCCUAUUAAGCAUAUAGAGAAUGCGACGAGCCUGCCGUCUCUCCCGUACAUUUUCCCUAACGGUCAAGGGAAUGUUGAAAAGUUUCUGCGGGGACGUGCAAACAGCGUCAAGUGGGAAUGCGAGUAUGGCGGCCUGUAUCGCUUAUGGUCUGGGAUGAGGGGAGAAGUAGUCCUCACCAAGCCUGCCCACGUCGAAGCGGUAUUCCGAGAUUCACACAACCACACAAAAGCCCACGCAAACGAUAGCGGCUAUCUCAUGGAUCUUCUGCUUGGCUCAUGCCUCGGGCUGAUCAGUAGACAGCCAUGGAGCACCGUCAGGUCCGGCGUGGAGGCACCGUUCCUCCAUACGUCAAUGCGCCAAUAUGCUACAGACGUGCAAAAGUUUACUGGCAAGUUUAUGCGCCAACUUCAAAAAGAAAAUAAAGUCUUUGGUCAGCAAGGGAACCUACACCCUGUGCGAGACCUCAAGCUUCUACCAUUCCGUUUUGUCGCAAAGGUCGUUUAUGGAUCAUUGACCGAGGACCUGGAGAGAGAGCUACUAAACUUGAUCCCGCUGCGAGAAGAUUUAUUCAAGAGUGUCAUUGGCGGUGGGAUCACGCGGUUUGCAUUUUCGCGAUUUCUUCCUCUGCCCGCGAUCCGAGCUCUUCACGACUUCAAAGACCGCUGGGCCCUGUGGAAUGACCGCGCACACACCCAUGCUCUCAAAGGUCCUGGAGCAAGCACUGCUCCCGUCAUAGCUAUGUACAGGGCUGUCGAAUACGGCGAGAUGACGCGGGAGCAGCUUCUUCAAACUCUCGAUGAGAUACUAUUUGCCAAUAUUGAUGUUACUAUGGGUGGCCUAUCUUGGACACUUGUCUUUCUUGCAGCUCAUCCCGAUGUGCAAAAAGCACUCGGGGAUGAGGUGCGCGGGCACUGCUCUGACAAAGCGACGCGGGACACUUACCUCCUAUCAUCAUGGACAACAACGCCGACUCUUCUCGGAGCCUGCAUUUUGGAGGCGGCACGCUUGCGGCCCCUUGCUGCCUUCUCCGUUCCGCAGUCAUGCACAAGCCCACGCAUUCUCGACGGCUUCGAGAUCCCCGCCGGGACCAACUUUGUUAUUGACUCGUAUGCACUCAACAUUCGUGACCCUUUCUGGGGGCCGGAUCGAGACAGAUUUCGCCCAGAGCGUUGGCUGGAACGGCAGAAGAGUGGGCGUGAUCUACGUUACCGCUACUGGCGCUUUGGGUUCGGCCCACGGACCUGCCUAGGCAAGUAUUUGGCGGAGUUGAUCUUACGAAGUGUUGUUGUCGAGAUUUUGGAAAACUGGCACAUAGCCUUGGAGGCCACAACAGGGCAAGGGGAGAAAGUGGGAGAGAGCGGUGACAGCAACGCUGGCGACGAGGGCAUGAACUGGCCCUGGGAUGAUGAGUUGUGGAUUCAUUCUCCCCAUCUCCUACUGAAGUGUGAGCCUCUGGCGCGAAGUCCUGCUGAGAAAGUCUUGCCAAGGGGCUCUCAUUCGUACUGA